CCUCUAUUCAUGCAGCCAUCCAUCUAUCCAUACACUCACCCUCCCACCCAUUGAGCCACUUGUUCACGCCACCCAUUCAUCCGUCACUCCGUCUUUUAUGAUGGGCAGUCGUUCAGGGGGACGAGCGCUGUCGUCUGCCAACAGGCGCUGAUGAUUCACGUCCUGGAGAUGGCGAAGCUGCAGCAUUGUGUGUUUUUGUGUAGCGCAGCGAGGCUGCUUGUGGCGGUGCAGGGUUUAGCUGGGGAUGAAGUAAUGGAUGUGUUGAUUGAUGGGGCUGGAGCCGGCAGGAGCGCAGGGAGCUGGGUGAGAUGGAGAGAAACGGGGUUAAUAGAAAAGCAAAAUGAGAAACGGAGCCCAGUCCUUCACGCGUCCACUCUGACCUGUAUCUGGAGCCGGGGCAUUUACGUCUCUUUUAAUGAAUGCAGCAGUGCUGAAGGGCAGUCGGAGCACGGAGCAGGCUCCCGUCUGCUUUAUCGGAGCAUCACACCUGUGGCCGUGACACUGAUGAAGCUCGGAGGGUGACUCUGGCGUCCUCUGCUCAGCGGAGCCGGACUCUGGUUACGACAGCAGCUGAACUCACUGAUGCUAAGUUUAGCGUUAGCCCACAUGAGGUGUGCAGGACAGGGACCCUGUGUCCUGUAAGGCAUGCUCACGCUGCAGCGUCUUUCAAACAUUCACCACAGUCAAUUGUCUUUUUAUGGUUUUACAAAACAUUUCUUUUAUUUCUACAACUGGAACUGUAGAAAUGAAAUGAAUAAUGAAAAAAUAAAAAAGCAGCAGAAUGAAGCUCAGAAAACAACAUUUUCAUAACCUCCAAAAUGCGUGUUAAUGAAAGGGAGUGAGAACAGCCUGCUAUGAUGCUAUGUUUAAGGCUUCACUGCAGCUGGAUUUGCUGCAGAGCUUCUCUUGAAGUUGGUGUCAGACCAGGUGUUCAGGCUCCAGAUCUCGGCUGGAAUGAGAUGACUGUUGUUUGAACGUCUGGGAUGAGGCUGGAAGCUUCAUGAAGGCUCAGUCUCACUGGUGGAGCUGCUUUAGCGGAGAGCUUUAGGCUCAGACGAUGUUAAAUCUGCACCGAGCUGAAGUCCAACCCACAAAUGAAUUCUCAAAUGCAAAUAGAAAGAAACAAAGACAAAAAUCACAUCUGUGCAACUUUCCUCUUAAAUUUUCAAGCACUGCUCGGUUCUGUAGUUUGUUUACAGGGAGCGAGCGAGAGGCUCCUCUUUGAAGUACGGUAAUUCAUCCAUAGCAUCCUCGCGCCGCUUCGUUGGUAUUCUGAGGCGCUCGCUCUCUCACUAGCAUAGCCAAUACAUUCAUUGUUUGCUUGGUGCUAUCAGAAGGUACAGGACUGCACUUUAAAACACUGUCAGCCACUUACCCAGGAGAGAGGCAGAGAGAAAGUCAUUAGGGCAGAGGGAGCUAUCGCGCCGAGCAGCAGCGCUCCCUCAGGACGUGUGUGUGCUGAAUGUACGUACGCGUGUCGGCCCCGUGCUUCACGUGACACUAGAAGCCUUUGUUUUCCUGAGGCCUGCAGCACCUGCAUCUCCUGGCAUCCACCAUCACUUCUGGUGUCUUUCUGACCUCGCUCCGUUUAAUGUUCCCUCAGGGUGACCUUUCGUCCUUGAGCUCCACUGAGCACCGUGAGGUGGAGCCACCACUUCUCAUCUCUCUGUGCAGCUGGAGAAAGUUCUGGUUCCACACAGGCGUUGCUGGAGAGCUCUGAGUCAGCUGUGUGUGUGUACAGCAUCAUCAUCGCUGGGCUGAUGUGGACCAUCGACCCUCCCAUCACAGCGUCCUUCUUAACUUUACUCUGUCCAGGAGCAGCAUGCGCAUCCAUCCAGACCUUGUUCAGUCUCUCCCUUCAUCAUUUAUCGUCCAGUUUCCUCUCGACAGCAGACACAUCAGGACCUUGUAGGUCUGUAGAUAGAUGGAGACAGUUCAAAUGACUGACUGGCAUCAAACGGGCUUUUUGCACAUCGUACAAACAAAGUGCGUUAGGGCUGAAGUUGGUAACAGGAACCCAAUCUGUAGUCGCUGAUGAACUCCAUUUUGAUUUCUAUACUGUUGUUUUCAAGCACAUCGUAAGUGAAGGUUUCGUGUUUUCUCACUAAUGGUGUCGCUGCUUUGCUCUUGUCAUAAUAACAGAGAUAUUCUUUGUUCUGUCAGACAUGAAGUAGCAGUAAUAUUCCAAUCACCAGUUAUUUGUCUCCUCUAACCCUCGUAACCGCUGCUAACAACAUGCAAUCGUUCCCGUAUCAUUACGGCUGUUUCUCGCUACACAGACAUGAUCAGAUGCUCUCAGUCGCUGACCCUGAUUUUCUCUCUCGUGUUUGUUUUCUACAAUUCAGAAAGUUUCAGGUUUGGCAUUUAUGUAAUUCUCUUUUCUGCAGAGCUUCAGGUAACAGAGCACAGAGGAGAAUGACAUUUGGUGAUGGUUGUCGGCUCAGUGAGGCUGCUGAGGCUCGACACCUCGCCUCUGUGUGACUCGGGUGCCUUUAGCAGGCGGACGGGCUACUGUUAGCCGAGUCAUGGUGCCUUUAAAAGCUGCAAAAGAGCUGGAGUCCCAUCGCUGGGCCUGGAAGGCCAUGAGCCAGCCUGCUAUUAUCCUACACACGAGACCAGUGAGCAUGGAGGGACUCGCGGGUGAUACUGACGGGCUGCAGAGAAACACUGAGAACUGAGAUCUCAAAGGAUCUCAAUGGGACAGCUCAGCCUCUGAGGGUCAGCACAAAAGGCCAAAGGGGAAGUGGAAGAACAAAGCCAAGGGAGGAGGAAAAGUAACAAAGGAGAAGUUGGAUCAGGAGGCACCAGGCAGAAGAGUGGGAGGAGGAGGAGGUUUGAAAGGAGGGAUCUGCCGCCAGGGGUGCAUGCUCCACCCCACAGACCCCUCCCCCACUCCCACAUCCUCCUUUUUAUUUUACUUUCUGCACUACAGACAGGCCCACAAAAGGCAGAAUGCACAAUAGGUUAAGCCUGGGAUGCCUCGUGGCAAACAGGGGCCUCGAUGUGAGACUCCUCUGGACUAGAACCCUGCUGCUGGGCCUGCUGCUUACUGCGGCGGGCUGGCCGCCUCCUGCGGUCCUGGCAGACGUGGAGAUCGAUGUGCUGGGCGAGGUGAUGAUUGUGGAAGCAGGAGAGCGCGAAAGAGGUGGAAGGAGAAAUGAGUUGGAGGCCUCCAUGCACUCCUCACUCCUUCAGAACUUCCAGGAGGCCACGGAAGGCGUUGGGAAUGUGGCUCCCGCCGCCUUCCCAGACUCCUCAGCAGUGGUGGGUCGGAUCUUCCAGAUGAAGGUGCCAAACAAGAUGGAAGACGUUUACCUGGGAGAAAUUGUCAAGAUUACUGAGAUGGGCAAAGAUUCCCUCCCUGCGUGGCUGCACUGGGAUGCCGACAGCAGAAUCCUGCAGGGUCUACCUCUGGAAGAGGACAAAGGUGUCCACUACAUCUCUGUAAGCAUCAGCAAUCACAGCACGUCCUCGUCUUCAGAGGUGUUUUCUAUUGAGGUUCACCCUGAGGACUAUCUGGAUGUGGAUGGAGCCCAGUUUGCAUCCAACCAAGCUUCUGCUGAAGAUGACAUUCAGCCAUUCAUGUGUGGCAACGAAGAACCAGUCACAGUGUUGACAGUGAUUCUUGAUGCUGAUUUAACCAAGAUGAGCUCAGAACAAAGGGUGGAGCUGCUGGACAACAUGAGAAGCUUCAGUGAGGUGGGACUCCAGCACAUGAAGAUUCUCCCUGUUGUCAACAACAGAUUGUUUGAUAUGUCUGCGUUCAUGGCUGGUCCAGGAAAUGCCAAAAAGGUGGUAGAGAACGGUGCUCUGUUGUCCUGGAAGCUCGGCUGCUCGCUAGACCAGAGCACUGUACCAAACAUCAACAGUGUUCAGGGUCCUGCAAAAGAAGGCACAAUGUCAGCCAAGCUGGGCUACCCCGUAGUGGGAUGGCACAUUGCCAACAAGAAGCCCCACGUUACGAAGCGAGUGAGGCGUCAGUUAAACAACACUCCUACACCUGUGCUGACGGUGCUUCCUCCAACUACCGCAGUGGAGCCUCCAGUCAGGAUUAUCCCAACACUCUCCUCUCCCACAAUAGCUGCACCAACUGAAAUCUCUGCUCCCCCGGUGAGAGGCCCCGUUCCCCUGCCAGGCAAGCCAACAAUUAGAGUACGUGAAAAUAUUGGCCACACUCCGACGCUGGGACCUCCUCAACCAACGAGGGUGAUGGAGACAACUAGCACGCUCCCUAUUCAGCCAACCAUGACCAGGCCUACUCGCCCGGAAGCUACUGCCAUACCUACCAUAAAACCCACCAGGAAACCUAAGAAAACCACACCAGUGCCCAUAGAACCAAAGACCUCCACCGCCAAGCCGUCCAGGCGCACCACACCUUCACCUGGCAUUGUCCCAGAUCCAUACAAUGAGAAGCCAGUCUUGCGAAAUGCCAUCGAUCAGGUCAGUGCCCUUGUUGGCACCUACUUUGAGGUUAAGAUUCCAUCUGACACGUUCUUUGAUAAAGAAGAUGGGACAACGGACAAGCUGCGUCUCACCCUGAGAAGAAACCACAAUGAAGUGGUUGGAGAAGGCUCCUGGAUACAGUUCAACACCACCAGCCAACUUCUUUAUGGUUUGCCUGAUGCCAGCCAUGCCGGGAAACACGAGUACUUCAUGCAGGCUACUGACAAAGGCGGGUUAAACGCAAUUGACGCUUUUGAGGUUCGUGUGAGUCGCUGGCCCAUUAACGAUAAAACCCCUGUUGUUUUCACGGCUCGGUUAGAAGGUGAUCCUCGAUCAGUAACAAAUGACAUCCACAAGAAGAUCCUUCUGGUCAAAAAGCUGGCAUAUGCGCUGGGAGAUCGCAACAGCAGCACAGUGAGUCUACGCAAUAUUACCAAAGGGUCUAUAGUGGUGGAGUGGACGAACACAAGCCUCCCACAAUAUCCGUGCCCACGGGAACAGCUCCGAGCCAUGAGCAGGACAUUGGCCAGUGAUGAUGGAAGACCCUCACAGACCUUCAGCUACUCUUUGGAGCCUGAGUUCAAACCACUGGAUGUCAAGGUAAAGGGAAGAGCCAGCUGCAGAACAGUUUCCUUCAUCCCACCAGGAGAGAUCGACAUACCGGAACCUCCAGCUGUCACCCCAAUUCCAGGGACAGGUCGGCAGAGCACAGAUGAUGUCUAUCUCCACACAGUCAUACCUGCUGUGGUGGUCGCAGCUAUUCUCUUGAUAGCAGGUAUCAUUGCAAUGAUCUGCUACAGAAAGAAAAGAAAGGGCAAGUUGACGAUAGAGGACCAGGCCACCUUCAUUAAGAAGGGCGUGCCCAUUAUCUUUGCUGACGAGCUCGAUGACUCUAAACCUCCACCCUCUUCCAGUAUGCCUCUCAUCCUCCAGGAGGAAAAGCCUCCACUUCCGCCCCCUGAGUACCCAAACAUGGCCAUGCCAGAAACCACCCCCCUCAACCAGGAGCUGCUGGGGGAGUAUACAGCUCUUCGGGAUGAAGACCCCAAUGCACCACCCUACCAGCCACCCCCCCCUUUCACCACUCCCAUGGAGGGCAAGGGCUCCCGUCCCAAGAACAUGACUCCCUACAGAUCUCCACCUCCCUACGUCCCCCCUUAAGACUUGUUAACCCUCCCCUCACGUGGAGGGAGAGGAUGCCUGAGGAGCUGUAACAGUUUCCAUUCUGGUGUUUGUCUGCCUGGACAUUUACAGAGACAUGAUACGAGGUGCUAAACUACAGAACAGCUACAGGGGACUUCUUAGGGUGGGAAAUUAGGAGCUGGGUGGGGUUUUAGUUCGGACAGAUGGGAUGAGUGAUGGAAACAGCUGGGAGGGACUACUACUGUCCCAGUGGUAGCCCAUCUAUUACAGUGGCCUAAGACAAAUUCUCGUCACAUUGGCUUUCAGGUCAACCAGUUGGUCAGAAGCUCCUACGAGAGACGAGCUUUCCCUUUCCAGCAUUUCAUUUGUUUUUGGUUUUGAUUUAGUUUUUGUUUUUUUAUCCAGGAUUUAUUUUUGUCUGGACUGAAUGGUUUUUCUAACAGCAUUUUUUUGCCUUUUUAACGAUACAAGAAGACAGUGAAUUGCCUUCAGACCACUGCAAGCAGCGACUCGUGAAGAAUUCAAGCUAUCGCGAGGAUCUCGAGGCUGAGGCGUCCGUUCACAUUCAGUAUGUUUGCCGUUUAACACUAGUUUGUUUCUAUCCUUAUUCACAAUGUCUAGUUAAGUUGACAAUAACAGCCUAGAAAGAGUUAGAGAUGAAUGAGUAUUUUUAGUUUCAUUUGUUUUGAAUUUCAUUUUAUAUCUGGAGGAUGUUCUGGUUGUGCGAUAUUCCUGGUGGUGGAUGAAGGAACUGCCUCCUAAAAUAAGCUGGAAGCUUUUAUUCCUGACUGAACAUGUGACUCCGUACCCAGAGCAGAUCUAGGCACAUUCUUCAUUUCAGUUACAUGAGGUAACAGGCUCAGCUGUUACUGCCCCUUUUUUACACAGCACAGACUUGUACUUGAGCAGGAACAAAGCUUGCAGUUUAUUUUGGACUAGGGAUAAUUAUUUUUUUACGUAACAAGGCAGUUCCUCUCUCCAGUCAGAGGACAAGUGUUGUGCCAUCAUGUCCCAGCUGGGACUGCACAGGUAUUUACAUUUUAGAGGUCAUGAAGGAGAUUUACAGCAAUUAGCUCACUGGAAAAGUGUCACCUAAAAUCAUAUUUCUUUAUGUUUUUGAUACAGCCUCAAAACAUUUAAUUAUUGAAUGAAACAUAAUCAAUAAUUAGUCUUCUGUGAUUUGUAAAAUUGUAGCCUAGAAAUUUAAUUAUGAUUUAAUUAUGUAUUUCUUUUUUGUCUCGGGUCGCUUACUUCAAGUGUUUUAUGUUCUCGUGUGUGUGUGUGUGUGUGUGUGUGUGUGUGUGUGUGUGUGUGUGUGUGUGUGUGUGUGUGUGUGUGUGUGUGUGUGUGUGUGUGUGUGUGUGUGUGUGUGUGUGUGUGUGUGUUGCAUUUAAAGAUGUAUCUCCACUAUACAAAGAUCAAAUGAUUCAUAUUUUAUGUAAUCAAAAUUUAUUUUUAUGUCCUUCUGUUUGCUGAUGAUUUUGAACUGAAAGUGACCCUUUGCAAUAAUAAUGUAGACCACACAGCGGCUGGUCGGCGCGACAGGAACCUCUGUCAUGUUGGCGGUUUUGAAUGAUGCCAAGGCUUUUUUGCUUAUGGAGUGUGCAUUGUCAUAAUAAAACCAACUGGUACGAUUAAAAACGUCA